AUGACCAGCGAUGACCAGUUCUUUUUCGAUUACCUCGCGUCCAUACCGCAUGACGUAAGGCGAUACUCGCACCAAGUCGCCGACUCGAUCGACAGACAGGUCGACCAUGCCGCGCAGGUGAUGCGCGAUACCCUGGCGCAGCAGACAUGGCUGCCACGGACGAUCCGCCCGUCUGCUCGCUCAUGCCAGCGCGCCCCGCCACCGGGUCUCACCGACCGAGUCCAAAACUGGAUGGCUCGGAACCGCGCGUGGACUGCUGCUCUUAUCGCGUUUGUUGGAACGGGGUGUGUUUUGUUCUAUGGGAAUAAGAAGCUAAAUGGGAAGAGGAGGAAGGCUAGAAAGGCGGCGAAUGGGGCGAGGAAGGAAAUAGUAGUCGUUGCUGGCUCGCCGCAUGAGCCCAUGACUCGAGCUAUUGCUGUCGAUCUCGAACGCCGAGGGUAUAUUGUGUAUGUGACGGUGUUAUCGGCGGAGGAAGAGCAUAUCGUGCAGACUGAGCACCGAACCGAUAUCAAACCUCUUUGGCUAGAUCUUACGACCACAUCCUCGUCGUCAUCAGAAAUCCAUCCCUCGCUGCAUGAGAUUCACUCCUUGCUCACACAGCCCCAAUCCCCAUUGCCUGGUGUGCCGCCGCAUACCUGCCAACUGAGCGGCUUGAUCAUCAUCCCGUCGCCCAACUAUUCCGCUGGACCAGUGGCGACAAUCCCACCAUCUUCCUGGGCCGACACGGUCAACACUCGUCUCCUCUCACCCAUUCUCACCACACAAGUAUUCCUGCCCCUCCUAACCCUCCGCAACAACAGCAGUACCAUCAUCUUCGCCUACCCAUCCAUCUCCUCCUCUCUAUCCGCGCCCUUCGCCGGACCGGAAGUCGCCACGACGCGGGCCAUCUCCGGCUUCGCGGCAUCCCUGCGCCGGGAACUCCGUCUCCUCGAGCAGGGCAACGUGGACGUCGUCGAGCUGCGUCUCGGCAAUGUCGAUCUCGGUCCUGCAUACCGCAACCCGCAGAAUCAGAUCGCAGGAACAGAGGUCUUGGCCUGGAGCGCGCAGCAGCGCGCCUUGUAUGGCUCGCAGUACCUGUCCAGCGUCGAGCAACGACCCGUCGCAUCGGUCGGACCGAGCACAGUGCGCGGGUCCCCAGCGCGGAAUCUCCAUCACGCCGUGCUGGAUGCCCUGGAGCCGGCCUCUCGGGGGAUCUUCGGAUCGCGAAAGAGUCCGGUCAUCUAUGUUGGCCGCGGAGCCAGAUCAUACAGCGUGAUCGGCGCUUGGGUGCCCGCCGGCCUGGUGGGUUUGAUGCUGGGUUACCGCGGCGGGCAUGGUAUGACCUUGCAUAGCCCGAGCGGCAGUGGCAGCGAGACCAGCUGGGAUAGGGUCUGA